UCGCCUGUCAAACAAACGUCAUCAUAAUAUAUCCAAAUAUUUAUCGACAUUUUUUAAUUUCUUAUGUCGUGAAAAGAUUUAGUGUAUUUAGCUUUGGAUUUAAUAAGUAUUACGAAAAUGCCAGGCGUUGAUACAGCUUUGAGUGAUGAAGAUUAUAUUAUUGCAAAGGCUAAAAAUGCACAGAAGUAUAAUAUUCAUUCUGCGAAGGCAUGGAUGUUAACUGCCAAAACAUUAUUCCCUACAAAUUUUAAAAUACAAUUUGAGGCUUAUUUAAUGGAGAAGCAAUCGGGAAACGUACAAGAAGCUGCUGAAUGUUUCAGUUCGUUAAUGAUAUCAAGACAGAACUUACCAGCUUUGUUGCCUGAAAUAUCUGCAAUUGCAAAUGCCUUAAGAUCUGCUGAGGGUAGCUUUUUAAGCCAAAUGUUUGAUAAUAUAUGUCCAGAUAUUCAAUUAACAAUCUUGAAAACUAGCGUUGAGAACAGUGAUGAUACUAUGGAACAUUGUCGUUUAUUAGUAUUAUUGUUGAAAAAAUUUCCUCAACUGGGCGUAGACAGUCUAGUAAAGACAUUAAUCAAUGCUGAGAAAUUCUUCUACGAUAAUCGUUAUGCUAGACUUUUGGUGGUAGAAACAUUACCUCUGCUAAGUUCUCUUGAGUCACCAAGACUGCUGCAACGUCUGGUAAUCAAAGCCAUUGAUUUCUAUAAUUCUUAUGUAUAUGAUGAGAAUGAACAUGAUAUUACAGACCCAUGGCAAAGAUUGUAUGGAGUGUUGGAUUUAAUGGGCCGGCAAUUAGGUUGGGACCCAUUUUUUUACAAUUAUAGUAAUAGCUUAAAUAAAGAGUCAUAUUUCCAAAAAUUAUUGACUUUGAGGAAUAAUGAUGAUUGUCGUCAGUUGCUAUAUUGUGGGACAACAUUUUUUCUAAGAUCUCUAUAUGAGCAGAAGUCUUUAAAGGGUAAUCAUAUCCUAGUAGAAGCUCUGUCCGAUCCAGAAGUAACACCAUCAAAGAGGAGGAAAGGUGAACUGGAGGUAACAGGGAUAUCAGCACAUCAGUUUCAAGCAGCUGCUAAUUGCUGGGAGUUACUGCAUAGCAAUGAUCACAUUUCAAGAGAAUUUACAAAAUUAGCAAAUCAGAUACAAGUCAAACCAUGGUCUGAAGGGUUUGCUGAUGAAUUUGCUUUGUACCGGGGAAAGUAUGAUGAAGCUAUGCCUGAAGAUACUGCAACUAGUUUGACAGCUUGCAUAGUCAAAGCCUCUAUUUAUUAUUUCCAGAACUAUUACGCAGGUUGUAUUGAGAGUAUAUUACGGGCUCUUCCACAGUUGCCCAAUGUGGAAGGUGUUUUAGAACCAGAACUAAUAGUAGGUGGUAAACAUAGACACUUGCAUUUUCUGCCUGUUACAAAAGUGGCCAUUAUGCAUUAUUUUUGCACUUUACUCAUUAGAAUUUUAUCGAAUUCUGAAAAUAAAACUGAUGUGACCCAUGGCCACAUGCUUGUACUGAUGCAACUUGGUUGGCCUCAAGAAGAAGCAAUCUUUAUUCACAUAAUGGAUAUCAUAAGGCAAAAGGGAGUGUUUCAUUAUCACCUCUUUUCUACAUACAUUAUUCAUAUUGAUAUACUGGAAGAACUCAGUUACAUUUGGAAUGAACAAGGAAACAAUGUUGUUCUUGAUAUUAUACCAAAUUCCCAACAGCACUUAGGACAAAGGCGAAUUGGUACUCGUGGAGCUGAUAAAGGUGUGAAAGAGGAUUUCAAGCAAGCUAUGAAAGCACAGGUUGCCAGGAGCAAUGAAUCUAUUUUGAACUUAAUGGUACAGUUUAUCACUUCAGAGAGGAAAUUCUUUACACAGAUUUUACAGUAAUAUUUUAGCAGUAUUUGUACACUAUAGACAUGUAAGGAUUCCAAACAAUUCACAAAAUAAAAAUUAUGAUAAUA